UCUGAUUUCAAUCAAUCAAUAAAGAGAAAAAGAAAAUUACAAAAAAGACAAAAAAUUCUAAGGUAAGCUCUCACCUCUCAAGACGCCUCCGAAUUUAUCGUUCGCUCUCUGAAUCCCCUUUAAACCCUGAUAGCAAGAAUCGUAAUUUGUUGUGAAACGAAUACUUAAUCAGAGCAAGAAAGUUUUGAGGAAAGCAAAAAUUAGGAUUUAGAAGGAUUUUUUUUUUUUUUGGGUUUUUGACUAUCCAUGGCCGAUCUCGAAAAGGCAAUACUCAUACUUUUCGAUGAAUCCGGAGCGGUCGAUUCGGAGUUGAAACUAAAGGCAAAGGAAUAUUGCGAAAAAUUUAAGGAAGAACCGGCAAUUUGCAGAAUUUGUAUCGAAAGGUUGUGCUUCUCUAACCUAAUUCAGGUCCAGUUUUGGUGCUUACAGACUCUCCACGAUGUUAUUCGGGUCGGGUACUCGUCGAUGAGCCAAGACGAGAGGUAUUUGAUUAAGAAAUCGGUGUUUUUGAUUGCGUGUUUCGAAGGCCUUGAUGAUCAUCACAAUGCUGUUAGGGUGUUACAAGGUCCUGCGUUUAUAAAGAACAAGCUUGCUCAGGUUUUGGUCACUUUGAUAUAUUCUGAGUACCCUUUGAUUUGGUCAUCUAUGUUUGUCGACUUUUUGCCUCAUUUGAGCAAAGGGGCUGCUGUGAUUGACAUGUUUUGCCGGGUUUUGAAUGCUUUGGAUGUUGAAUUAAUUAGCUUAGACUACCCAAGAACGCCCGAGGAAUUGGCUGUUGGCGGGUUGGUGAAGGAUGAGAUGAGGCAGCAUUGUGUUCCUCAGAUUGUUAGAGCUUGGUUUGAUGUCAUAUCCAUGUACAGAAACUCUGAUCAAGAAGUUUGUACAAGCGUGUUGGAAUCCAUGAGGAGGUACGUUUCUUGGAUUGACAUUGGCUUGAUUGUGAAUGAUGCGUUUAUCCCUUUGUUGUUUGAGUUGGUUUUGGUUGAUGGGUUGUCUGAACAACUGCGUGGCGCUGCGGCCGGGUGUUUGUUGGCAGUGGUUUCGAAGCGAAUGGAUCACCAAACGAAGCUUUCUCUUUUGCAAAGUCUUCGCAUAAGGCGGGUUUUUGGGCUUGUUAACAAGGAUUCGGAUUCGGAGUUGAUAUCUAGCAUAGCCGCGCUUCUAACAGGGUAUGCUGUGGAGGUUUUGGAGUGCUUUAAGCGGUUGAAUUCUGAGGACGCAAAGGCUGUCUCAGUGGAGCUUUUGGAUGAUGUUUUGCCCUCUGUGUUCUAUGUAAUGCAACAUUGCGAGUUGGAUUCGACUUUCAAUAUCGUUCAGUUUCUUUCAAGUUAUGUUGGCACUAUGAAGAGUCUUUCCCCAUUAAGGGAGAAGCAGCUGCUUCACGUGGGCCAGAUAUUGGAAGUGAUUCGUUCCCAGAUACGCUAUGAUCCUAUGUACCGCGGUAAUCUUGAUACGGUGGAUAAGAUUGGGAGAGAGGAAGAAGAUAGGAUGGUUGAGUUCAGAAAGGAUAUGUUUGUUCUGUUGCGUUGUGUGGGUCGUGUGGCUCCUGAUGUAACUCAUGUGUUUAUCCAAAAUUCAUUAGUUAGUGCUGUUGCCUCUCCAUCAGACAGGAAUGUUGAAGAGGUGGAAGCUGCACUUUCUCUUCUCUACGCACUUGGUGAGUCAAUGAAUGAUGAGGCUAUAAGAACUGGUAGUGGACUCUUGAGUGAGUUGGUGCCUAUGCUUUUAUCUACGAGGUUUCCUUGCCAUUCUAGUAGGUUGGUGGCACUUGUGUACUUGGAAACAAUAAUAAGAUAUUUGAAGUUUGUUCAGGAGAAUACGCAACAUAUUCCCAUGGUGUUGAGUGCUUUUCUUGAUGAAAGGGGUAUACACCACCCAAGCAUUAACGUGAGUAGGAGGGCGAGUUAUCUAUUCACGAGGGUUGUGAAAUUGUUGAAAGUGAAGCUUGUUCCUUUCAUAGAGACAAUUUUGCAGAGCUUACAAGACACGGUUGCUCGCUUUACAAGUAUGAAUCACACAUCAAAAGAACUUUCGGGAUCUGAAGACGGCAGUCACAUUUUUGAGGCAAUUGGUUUACUAAUUGGGAUGGAGGAUGUGCCACCUGCAAAGCAAUCUGAUUAUCUUUCUUCUUUGCUCACUCCUCUUUGCCAACAGGUAGAGGCAUUGCUGAUGAAUGUCCAAGCAUUGACUCCGGAAGAGACACCUGUAAAACUUACUCAUAUACAGCAGAUAAUCAUAGCAAUUAAUUCUCUCAGCAAGGGAUUCAGUGAGCGUCUUGUAACUGCUAGUCGCCCUGCAAUCGGUCUCAUGUUUAAGCAGACAUUGGAUGUUCUGCUCCAAGUGCUUAUUGUAUUUCCAAAGAUAGAGCCUUUGCGAAUCAAGGUAACGUCAUUUAUACACCGCAUGGUGGACACUUUUCCCUAUCUUCCGAAGGCCUUGGAGCAAUUGCUUUCUGAAAGUGAGCCAAAAGAGAUGGUUGGUUUGCUCGUAUUACUCAACCAACUUAUAUGCAAGUUCAACACAUCAGUCCACGACAUAUUGGACGAAGUAUUUCCUGCAAUUGCGGGUAGGAUAUUGAGUGUCAUUCCAAGAGAUGUAUUUCCAUCAGGACCUGGGACCAACACUGAGGAAAUUCGUGAAUUGCAAGAGCUUCAGCAGACUUUCUAUACUUUCCUUCAUGUGAUAGCUACACAUGACCUUUCUUCCAUUUUUUUAUCUCCAAAAAGUAGGGGCUGCCUGCAUCCAAUAAUGCAGUUGCUUUUGUUCACAUCUUGCAAGCACAAGGAUAUUCUCGUCAGAAAGGCAUGUGUUCAGAUAUUUAUUAGAUUAAUCAAGGAUUGGUGUGCCAAGCCUCUUAGUGAAGAAAAGGUACCUGGUUUCCAGAAUUUCAUAAUAGAGAACUUCUCGACAAAUUGUUGUUUAUAUAGCUUGCUUGAGAGAUCCUUCGAGUUUCGCGAUGCAAAUACUUUUGUUUUGUUUGGAGAAAUUGUGUCAGCUCAGAAGGUCAUGCACGAGAAGUUUGGCGAUGAUUUUCUGGUUCAUUUUGUUUCAAAAGGUCUUUCAGCGGCACAUUGCCCUCAGGAUUUGGCAGAGCAGUAUUGCCGGAAGCUGCAGGGUAGUGAUAUUAAGGCAUUGAAAUCAUUUUACCAAUCGCUUAUUGAAAAUUUAAGGGUUCAGCAUCAGCAGAAUGGGAGCCUUGUUUUCAGAUAGCAGUGUAAUUGUAUACAAGAUGACAUUUUCUCCGAAUGGCUUCUGUUACUGUUUUGUGCUGUAUCAUGGCCAUGCAAUUUUGUUCGCCAAAGGUAACUACAGCUGUUAUCUGGUUCUCUGUUUUGAUCUUGCAGUGUUCAAUAAGAAAAUUUUGACAUCUUUAGAAAACCUUGCAGGGUUCUUCUCUGUAUAUAUCAUUUUUGUUUUUCGGCUAUCUUUCGAAUGAGGUAUAGCGCUAUCUUUUACUUCAAACCAACUGUGAUGAGUUUUUGCUCCUGAAUACUUGUAAAUUUUUUUUUCUCAUUUUUUGCCUUCUUGUUUGUGACAGUUGUAAAUUUAAGGAGGAAUUUUGUUUAUGUUCCGCCACAUCCAUCAUCAAUUUUGAGCUGCUUAUUCUGAGUUCAAGGUUCUUGGGUUGUCUAUAUUUUUCCUUUUCUACC